CCCUCGUCUUUGGCCACUCCGUGACGGCCUCCAGCUGUAACAGAUCAAGAAGAAGCUGAUUAGGGGAGGAGGAGGAGUAGUGAUAGUAGCGUUCAUCUGAGCCAUGUUGUGUGACGACGGAAAGAUGGCUCUCAUCCCCCUCUGCUGCUCCCUCUCCAUGGCAGCCCACCUUUCCCCUUCAUCCCCUUUCCUCCGCCACGACAACUCUGCCCCUUCCGCGGCCAUCUUCGCCUUCCGUGCCUCCUGGUCCGCCGACGAUUGGCUGCUCGCCGGCGCUGGGUCACCGUUCGGCGAGCGGGAGAUCGAUGCCGCUCUCUUCCCCUGGAUCAAGAGCGUCGGCAAUGACACCACUGCUGCAGUCAACGGGGCCUUCCUCCGUUCCUUCAAGAAAGUGCUCGACACUUCUCGGCUUCAAGCUGAGGUGCAUGCAGCUGUAGCAGACAAGAAGCAAAUCGUGUUCACCGGGCACUCGUCGGGAGGCUCAAUCGCGGUCCUUGCUGCCAUCUGGUUCCUCGAACAACGCCAGAACUUUGAAGGCAGGGGUGGUCAGGUCGAUCCUUUCUGUGUCACGUUUGGGUCUCCUCUUGUGGGAGACGGUGUCUUUGUUCACGCUCUCCAGCGAGAAAACUGGGCUCGCUUCUUCCUACAUUUUGUCAUGGCGGCCGACAUCAUCCCCCGCUGUUUGCUCGCACCUCUGUCAUCUUUCAAGGAUGAACUCGAGGCCAUUCUCGGUUUCUUAUGUCCAAAGCCGCUACUUUUCAGUCCCAACACCGUCAUGAGCUCUCCGGUCACCUUCUACAGGAAAGUGCUUGGGCAUGCUCUUUCCGUAUCGAACCACCAAGCCUGUUUGCUCAUGGGAUGCACAAACCCAUUGCUGGAAGUUCUAACUGGCUUUGUGAAGCUGACUCCUUACAGACCAGUCGGAGCAUAUGUUCUCUGUAGCCGCGAUGGCAGGCUGCUCUGUCUCAGAAACUCGAAUUCCAUCUUGCAUAUGCUGUUCUACUUAUUCCAAGAUGUUCGUGGUGCCGAUGUAGAGGAGGUUGCUCACAGAAGUUUAGAGGCGCACCGUCUUUAUGAAGCAAUGACAAGAGAUCAUUUGAAUGUGCAGAACAUAGUGCCAGUGGAUUCUUCAUAUUCAAUCCCUCUCACCUUCACCAAUGGAUUUGACGACAAGGCGCAACCAGUCAAAACUCUGUUGAAAGAUCUUGAUUUGAGCCUGGAAGCUAGGCUAUGUCUACGAGCAGCAGCAGAGUGGGAGAAGCAGAGACUGAGGAACCAGGCCAAGAUCGACGACAACUACAGCAAGAUAAAAGAAGCCCUCAGCUUUCUCAGCGACUACCGGGCGACAUGCGAGGUGCGAGGACUCGGUUACUACGACACCUUCAAGCUCCAAAAGGACGUGGAAGACUUCAACGCCAACGUGAAGAGACUGGAGCUUGCAGGGCUGUGGGACGAGAUAGUCGAGAUGCUGAGUCGGUACGAGCUCCCUGAUGGCUUCGAGGGAAGGCAAGAGUGGGUGAAGCUGGGCACGCAGUACCGCUGGUUGGUGGAGACGCUGGACAUCGCCAACUACUACCGGCACUCCAAGAACGAGGACACGGGGCCGUACAUGGUGAAGGGCAGACCCAGGCGGUACAGAUACACGCAGAGGUGGCUUGAGCACGCCGAGCGAUCGCCUGCGGGUUCCUGCACGGAGUCAUGUUUCUGGGCGUCGGUAGAGGAGCUCUGCAUCGACACCGGCGAUGGCAAGCCCUUCCUGGAAGUGAGAUCCAGGGUGGUGGAGCUCGAAAGGGAGGUGCUGCGGUGGGUAACCAAGGGGAGCCUGGGAAGAGAUGUGUUUGUUAGCGAGUCUACCUUCGCGAGGUGGUGGGUGACGCUUCCGAGACAGCACAGAGCAGACUCCUGCAUUGCUGGGUUCGUGAAUGGCGAAGACAUGUUGGAGACGAUGGAAGCUUCCAUAUGAUUGCAGGAUUCAGUAACAUCAAAAAAAGCUCAAGUCAAACCUGAAUCAGCACGAACUCCAUAUUGGAUGCGCAGAAAUCUAACAGCUAUUACCAUCACUCAAACCAUUCGACACGACCACAUCUUUAAGUGGUUCGAUUUGAACUUGUAGCUUUCUUUCUUUUCUCCACUGUUCCCCAUUUCUUUUGUAUCUUACAGAAUGUAUCUUGACCCCGAAGAUGUACGACCGAGGACAAAAACAAGUCAUAGAAACAAAAUUACUUGUGUA